AUGCAAAUGGACAAAUCACCAAUAAACUUUUCGAACAAAAUGACACAACUUCCUAUUCGAAAGGUCAAUGGUAAAUUGUCUGAACCAUCAACAUCAUCAGCGAUUAAAACAGAUAACAAAAUCUUGCAGACCGUUAGUAAAACAGCCGAAAGAAACAUUUUCAAGAAACAAAUUCAACCACUUUCAGAUAUAAUAUUGGAAACUGAUGAAGACCAUGGUGAUGAUAUUAAAUGUGUCCGAACUAAUCAUCUAACUAAAUUCAAGGCUUUCUCUGCACCAACUCCUCAAAACAAUCAUGAACAUGACUUUCGUUCUUCCGAUUCGAAUAGUUCUACCAACACUUCAUCAUCAAAUACGAAACGGCCCAUUUCUCACCUCUACAUUCAAUCCUCCCUAGAAAUCAACCACAAGACUUUCAAACAACUCCCUUUCGAAUUAAUAUUCGAUUUAAUUUUUCCAUUUCUUUGCCUUCCAGACAUUCUUCAAUUUUCAUCGAGUUGCAAACUUUUUCAAUCCUACAUUUUUCAUAUAAUUGAACCUAAUGAUAGUAUGUGGAGGCACCAAUUACAAAAUACGAUACCCUUCCUUAAUCAACUAACGAAUAGGAGAAUAUUGGAAAUGAAUAAUCGAAAUUCGAAAGGUUUAAAUUCAGUUCAACAUCAAGCUCUUAUCAUGCAAGGAGUUUUACAGGAGUUUAUUGUGAGAGUGAGGAGGAGGAUUCAAUAUUUUGAGGGAAUUUUAAGUGAGGAAUUAAUUGUAAAACAUUCGAAUAGUUUGUCGAAUAAGGUAAAUUCGAUACCUCCAAAUUAUAGGAAUAAUACAGCAGUUGCUGGUGAUGUGAAUGUCCCAACAGUUGUUGAAUCUAUUGUUGGAAGUGAUUAUGAGGGUUUCUUCGAGUUGGGAGAAGAUUAUUCGAUAAGGAAGUGUGUCAUUUCAAUUUGUUCGGAAUUUUUGAGAGAAAUUAAACCAUUUUCAUUGGAACAUGUGCAUAUUCAUGAAUUUUACGAUCCAUCCCAAUAUAAUACAUCAUUGAAAAAGAAGAAUUCCCUGAAAAACUUAUUGAAACAUCACUCUUUAAGGAAUCUCACAUUGAGUCCAUCAGAAAAUUCUGAUAAUCAACAUUAUUUUGACAAUGACACUUACAAACACCAAUUGCUACAAGGAAUUCAGAGUGAGGAAACUCUUCAGACAUGUAGAAUGACCAUUGUUGGAUGUUCGGAACGAGCUGUUCAUCCAUGCAUUUUACAAACUUUUAGAAAAAAUCAAUUUCCUGAGGAUUACAUCUCAAUUUAUGGGAAAAACUUUUCAAGUGAUGCAUCUAUUAGGAAUACACAAUACGAAUGA